AUGAUUAAGUUGAUCGUCACAAGUAAACUAAAUGAAUGUUUGGGAAUCUAAUUGAGAAAUUAUCUUGUAUUUUAAAAGAGUAAGUAAAAAAUUAACACUUAAUACAAAUUUUUUAUAAACACAAAUUUCUAUGAUAGAUUUAGCUAUCUUUAUAGUUUUUGAAAAAUAAUUCACGAAUGUGAUGCAACAAUUGUUGCAUCUAAAUUCAAAGAUUUUGAUAUUUUGUAAAAGUAUCAAGUUCAAUGAAUAUUCUUUUAAGCUAUAGUUGAGAGGCUGACGUGAUAGUUAAUGAUUAGAUUUUCAUGCACUAAUAACCAUUGUAAAUGACUGUUCGGCACCUCAAAAUAUAAGAACGCCAACUGCUCCUCAAUACUCUCAAGAGGAGAGUCACCUCCGAGUUUCUAAGGGGCCCAAGCAAUUGAGGAAUGGUUCCAAUUAGCUGAGCAAUGGGAGAAUAUUUGGCUGGACCCCAACAAGCUAAGCUCCUUAGAAAAUCUAAGGAGACUUACUAGUGCAAUGAUAACUAAUUUGAUUACCAGGUUGUGAUCCAUUCUCCCACAUGACCGCCGACCCACAUCUAUUUCCACGUCCUAAGCAAGCAGGGCCUAUGUUGAACGCUAAUGAAGCCUCUGCUAGAGGCGAGCUGUGUCAUGGCGGACCUUACUGCAGCUUUGUAGAGAACAGGACUGUCUGCAGCAGGAGAAGGUAGGCUGGUCGGCCAACGAGAGCGAGAACUGGGGGGAGUGUAGGCGGUAUGAUCCUUGAUGGAGAUUACGAAGUCACCUGCCAGUCAAACUGUCGGUAGCUUUGAGGAACAGACGGUGUUCAGAGAAGCAGAGCCAUUGAACGAAGGGUUCGGACCUUCGUCUUCCCUGACCUCGGGAGGACAUAAGAGAAGCUCCGGCCGCCUCCCCACCUGUCUUGCGACCUCGCCGAAGCGCCGCACCGCCUAAUAUGGAGACGUGGAACCGGAGCAGCGUGAGGGAAGAGCUUCUGAGGAGCUCCCUCUUGUCCUUCCUGUGGAGGUUCAUCAGCAGCAGUAUCGAUCGCCUCCUCGCUCGCCCAGAUCUUCUUCGGCCCUCCUCCUUCCCCUCUGGUUGGCGGCUAAGCUCCUCUUCGCUCGGUCCUUUUGCCAGGAAGACGCAACGCAGGGAGGAGCUCACAGGAGGAGGAGAAAGUCCGAUCGUGGAUAUACCGCAUGGCUCAGGCCGACGAGCAGCUGGUCUUCGAAUACGUCAGGUCCACCGAGAGAGGUAACCACCGACUCACGAUGGCCUGACUGUUACCUGGAAAUGCAUAGAUGAGUACGUUUGUUCCGCCCACCGUCGCCAUGAUCGCUACCCAUUUCACGCUUAAUAUCUAAACUGAUAUGACAUUGACCAAGAUAGUGUCAGUGCAUACUAAUGGGCAAACAGAAACUAUCAAAACGUGAGAACUUGAAACGAAAAUUUCCAAUGGAUGACUUAACCUAGCCAUGGCGUUGGAAUGUCACAUUAAUGGAUCACAAUGUCAUUCCAAACAUAUUGUGCCAAUCCAUUUACAAUUUAAAGAUCGUACCUGAGUUUCAGAAGUGUGUGCUGUAAAGAGGAUGUGGUACCAUCGUUAUCAAACCUAACAACAACGCAAUAAGUUAGUCUACUCCAGCUUUUUUGGAGAUUUUAGUUUAUUUCGAAUAAGAAGGUUGCGAGAUGAUUUGUGAUGGAUAAUAUCAUAUAUUAAGUAAAUUACUCACUACUGGGAAUCGUGGGUAGCAUUGUGUUUCUCAUUUAAACAUAAAAAACGUAACACCCGCUUCCUAUAACCUGGGAACAAUUGAAAGUGGAAUCUUUGGCUCUGUUUGUAUGCAUAGCCUGCUUCUCCACGACCUUUCAGCAACUUCUAGUCUUCAUCUAUCAGGUGUUUCGUGAAAUUUACUAACUAUAAUUUUAUAAAAAUGAUCUCCAACAUGCGUGAACCUGGAAUGACUGUCGAUAGGAAAAAUUCCUCCCGUUUUGUCAGUGCUUAAAUAAUUUGAUGAAGUACCUGACAACUGUGUUCGAGCGCAUCACAGCACCAGAAUUCCAUUCUGUAAUGUAGAAAUGUUUGAAUCCGUCAGCAAAUAUAUAACUAUUGCUUCUCUCAAAGCAACAGCUCGAUCCUCUUGUGCAGGCUUAAGUUUCAAGGAAGCAGAAAGGAGGCUAAAAGAAAAUGGCCCAAACCUGCCAUUUGCUCACACACCAGCAAACUGGUGGCAACUCUUCAGUAACGCUUUCUUUCGCCCCUUCAACAUUGUUUUGAUCGUCUUGGUUAUUCUCCCAUCAGUAGGAGCUCAGUACGCCAAAGGAAUCAUUGUCUUGAUACUCGUCCUCGUGAGUGUGGGGAUCCAGUUCUAUCAGGUACCAGAUGCAUUUAACAUUACGAGAGCUCUUUCUUUUGUUCUGCAAUAAAAAAGUUCAACGCAUAAAGUAGGACUGCGAAGGGAAUUUUGUCCUUGGUGAAAUAAUUUUUUUUUGCAAAAGCCAGGAAUACAAGAGCUCUAAAGCGGCAAUGAAGUUAUCAGAGUGCUUGAAAACUCCAGUUAAAGUUCAGAGAUGUGCUGGCAGAACUGUUCAGACAGAGCUGCUUGUUCAAAUGGACCAAAGAGAUGUUGUACAAGGUGACAUCAUCAGCUUCACCCCAGGGGAUCUUUUUCCAGGCGACGUACGACUGCUGAAGACGAAGGAACUUGUUGUCAGGUAUGGCAUCUGUAAAAAACUAACUGGUUCUCAGGCAUGGAUGAAUGUACUCUCCCAGCCAGCUGUUCAGUUGGUGACCAAUUUCGUAUAAUUGAUGAGAUUCCACGAUGGAGACAGCCAGUCUUCCUUAACAGGUGAAUCAGGGACCGCAGAGAAAAGUGGAGAUGUCAAGGAAGGCCCUUUCACACCGUUGCUAGAGCUGAAAAAUAUUUGCUUCAUGGUGAGUUUCACUGUAAUCUGAACCUAAAGUUGCUGUUACACUCUGUGACUUAUGCUGUGAAAAAUAAUUCUGAACACGGCCUCACUAUGGCAUGUGUGUCAGGGAACCAGUGUUGUAUCUGGAAGUGGCACAGGACUAGUUGUCUCGACUGGAUCAAAGACUUACGUGAGUAGCAUAUUUUCCAUACCGGGGAAACCGAACUUACUAGACCCUUUUUCAAAGGGUUUAAGCUGUCUCUCUUAUUCAGUUAUAUGUGCUAUGAUUGCCAUUGCCCCAGUUAUGGUACUCGCUGAUUAUUAUGCUUCUCGAGAUUGGAGUAAAAGUACUCUAUUUGGCGCAUCUGUUAUAGUUGCCCUUACCCCGCAGAUGCUUCCUCUCAUAGUAACUACAUGUCUUGCAAAAGGCGCUAUUGCAAUGGCAAAGGAAAGAUGCGUUGUGAAGAGCUUAAUCUCCAUACAGAACAUGGGAGCCAUGUAAGUAUGAUCAGUAUACAUUUCCUCAUCAAAAUAGAUACAAAGAGGCAAAUUGCUUUUUUACAUUUACCAUAAAUGACUAUUUAUCAAAAGUAUGAAACUAGAUCUAAUUUUCAGUAAUAUUUUCUCAGUCCGAAUUGAAUCAACUACGGCUGGUUGUAAACUUACCAAUUCACCAUCUAUUCCAAAUAUUAUGUGAUGAAUAUAUGCAUAAACUAUUAGAUGAGACUGAUUAUAUAGAAAUAAUUACCACAGUGGCAUGGUAUUGGAUGAAAUUCCAACUGAUGAUCUCAAUCAAAGCAUUCCAGUGUCGUGGGAAUAGAAUGCAUUUUAGAUCACUCAGGGAAGCUUUAGAAAGCUCUCUUGCUUCCUCUGUUAAUAUUUUUUUUCGUGAAUUCCCCUGGACUAGGAUUUCAUGGAGAUUAGCCAGGAGUGUCACAUAAGAUCUCAGGUGCUUCUAGAAUUAGUAUGGUAAGAAAAUCAAACUGUUGAUUUUAUAAUCCUAACGUGAUGAAUGCAGUGACUUUAGUUGAAACUAAAGACUUGAGUCUUGAUUGAUAACUGUUUGCCCACAAGAUUAAAAAAAUGAGGCAGUACAGAUUUCUCACCCUUUUACUGCACCAGGUACGGAUGUAGGUAAAUGCCUUCGGCUAUAAAUGGUACUGCACCUCAAGACCAUAUACCUUUCCUUUUUAUUUUUUCCUGAGUCUCGAGGAUGGUAAUGUUCAGCAGGAUUUAAUGGAUGCUGUGCGGGAGUUUUAACAGAGGAAGACACACUUUCAGAAGGUUUAACAAAUCUGUCUUUCAAUAUCUUAAGAGUUGCAAUCCCACCACUAAAGAAAAACUGCCCCAGCAUGAGUGAUUUCCAAAAUGGCGAUGAGAUUGGUUAAAUCACUUCAGGUUCAUUUAGGUAUAUAAAUGAACGCCUGCAUAUAGACAUAGAUGCUGUGUUAAAUGGGUUCAAGUUCAUCAGCAUGCCGACAUUAAUGAAUAAUCGUCACAGGAAUGCUAAAACAACCAUUUCUGGAUGCUAUUCAUAAGCUUUCUAAGACAAAGGCACCGUUGAGAGAUCUGAAAUGGAAAUUCCCAGUGUUGAUCUCAGAAUGCUAGGCCAGAUAGGUAAGAGGAAUGGAUGUUCAUUAAUAUUAAAUGGUGCAUGCAAAAUCUCAGACGGUCUAGACAAUAUGGCAAAUAGGCUAAUUUACUAGAACGACAUUGUCUUAAUCAAGGCAUGCCCAAUUCAUGAAAAUUCGUUGAAACCUAUAAGGAGAUGUCAAUAGAGAGCGAUGAUUCUCAAGUUUUAUUUUCAGGACACCCGUGACAAGAUAAAAAAUGAUUGACAAUCCAAUAAGAUGCUGUAGAGAGUGGUAAGGGAACAUCCCAGCGGAUUAAAAGGUUGGUAGAGCUGAUGACAUCCAAUUCAAAUUCCGGGGGUCACCUGAAGUAUUAUUUGAAAUUGUUCAAUAUGACAAGCGUACAUUGUAAUGUAUAUGAACUUUUGCGAUUUGGCACUCCACUGAAUGUUAGGCUGCAGAUAUGUAGACUCGGAUAUGUGAAUAUGGAAAUCACGUAAGGAAAAUAUAUUUUAUAGAACCCAUCCAUAUGUUUUCCAUCUCUUUGUUAGCUUUGACAUUUAUGUCAUUGAUGAGAAUCUUCAUUCCGGUUUACUAGUUAUAUUCAUAUUUUUCCUUCGUAUGGGAAAAAAAUCAUCCCAGGAUGGGCUAUCAUAGUUACUUACCAACAUGUUGAAAUAACCAGAAUAAAGUUGCACAGGAACAAUAAAGAAAAACAGCAUGUUCAAAAUAUUUGUUAGUUUGAAAUUCUGAGCUGAAAGUACUUUAGAAUAUCCAAUAUGAGCCGUUCGGGGCCUGAACUUCAUGCUCUUAUAGUGUUCAUACUGAUGUUACUUCACUGUAGAAUUUUAACGUGCUGUUACUGUCUUUAAUCAAGAUUGUUGUUGAUAUACGAAGGGAUAUCCUAUGCAUUGAUAAGACGGGAACUCUGACAACGGAUCAUGCCAUAAUGAUCCACCAUCUAGACAGUUGGGGUAUUCCUAGAGAAGAGGUUCUAAGAUUGGCAUUCCUUAAUUCGUAUUUCAAGACUGCUCUAAAGAGUUCCAUUGAUGAUGCGAUUUCAACAUAUGUUUAUGCCAGAGGAUAUCGAUUUGAACCAUCAAAAUGGACAAAGGUGGAUGAAGUUCCUUUUGAUUUUACGAGAAGAAGAGUAUCUGUGAUCAUUGAAACAAGCACAAGCAUAUAUGGCAGGAACAGGCCUCGCCAUGGUGUUACCAGGCUUGUAAUAAUGAAGGGAGCUCUUGUGGAAGUACUAAAGUGUUGUAGUUAUAUUGAGCACAUUCAGAGAGGAGAAAUAGUGCCUCUCAGCGUAGAAGACUGUGAAAGAGUUCUUCAGAUAGCCGAAGAGAUAAAUAACGACGGAUUACAGGUCCUGGGGUUGGCAAUAAGAUGGAUAAGUGAGGUAUGCAAUCUCUAUGCUCAUAUUGUCUCUAAAGUAAUGUUUACAUGCAAGCACAAUCCUUCCUACGAUUUGGAAUAAGUUCUGAUAAAGUAUCAAACAUUUGCGUACUAAUAAUGAUUCGAACUGAUAUCAUGGGAAGAACUUUGUUUGAACAUAAUUAUCAAACUACAUCAUUACUAUGUUUAAUCCAUGUUGGAUUGCAAAUUAUUUUUUCCUCGCAAUUUUUUCUCAUUGUGAUCCAUAAUUAUUUCUCGAAGGCUGGUAGUAUUAGUUGAAUCUCAAAGGAGUACCUCUGAUACAUAAAAGGGGAAAAAAAUUAAAUGAUUAUAUAAAAUUAAGGAACCCAUGAAGCUGCAAUGAAUCUAAAGCCUUGCAUUCUUCCAGAAGCGACUAACAAAAUUUCACACUAUUCUAUUUGCCAAGGUCAAAUGAAACAAUGCAAAAGUAGUUUUGAUUAAGAUUUACCACUUAAGGAACUGCUUGUGGAAUCCAACAUGCAGAUGUAUUCGCCAUUUACAAGACGAUGCCAAAUUGAAAAGUUAUAUUGUAGUUGUAUUUCAGUUUCUAGCAGAUAAACAAGGGGCCAGAUGCAAGGAAGAGAUAUAGAAAAUAAAGAAACUUCAGAACUGAUGCUGAAUUUCUUUGAAAGCUCUUUAACAAAAGAAACAUAUUAUUUGCCAUUGAAUAUCAAUCACCCUGAUUUUCAAACAUGAUAAACAUCUUAGAUAUGGCUGAGAAAAAACUAUUGUAAGUGAAACAAAAUAUCAUUUAAUAAAUCUUCUUCGAGAAAAAAGUUUUUCUGGGAAAUAUACUAGGGUAUUCUGAAAGAAAUUUAUGUACAGAAAAAGCAAGACGGUGAAAAAUGAUACGAAAUUAGUCAUUUACAAAUAAUUACGGUAUGAGAGUGGAAUCAUCAAGGAGGAAUCGUGUCAUCAAGCCCACAAAAGAAGAAUUUGUCUUUGUUACAUCACAGUUAUGCAAAUGUUGUAAACAGUAUCCGAGGGUUUGUCUUUGUCAUCAAUCUGGUAUUUCAAUGUUCUUCGAUUGAAAUAAGGUCACAAUCGUUAUCUAUUGCAUUAGUAAGAGGAAACUGACAUCCGCUUUUAAUUAUCCACCUAAAAUCCGUGGUUAUAUAUGUAUAUAAAGCAAAGUAGUUUAUCACGUUAACUGUUUCGUGAGCUAAAAGUUAUCAUAUUUUUAAAAAUUCUGCCAAAAAAAUGUUUAAUUAGGUAACAAUAAGCAUUGUUCAGUUGUAUAUUCCAAUAAUUCACUGAAAGCAACAAAUAACAGUCCCACAAACACGGAAAUGCCCAAUGGUUCUACAAGUGACUAGUGGAAAAAAUUGUAACUUCAACUUAAUGUAAAUGCCAAGUAGAAUUCAUGAGUCUAAGUCUAAUUUCCCGCAAUAAUCUCGUGCAAAUUCAACUUGAGAAGGAAUGAGGCAAAGCAGAUAUUUCCCUCAAAAGGUCUAGGAGCAGAUGAUUUGGAAUUAAAUCCAGAUGCCAGAAGAGAAUACACGAUGCUUGAAGACUGAGUACUAGUGUAGAAAUGUCUGAUGAGAAGCAUAAUUUUCCCUCUACACUUGUCAUUGUUAGAAGUAUAAAUAUCUCUUGAAUAUAUGAUUAUUAAAUUGAGCAGUAGUUGGGUGCAUGAUUCAGUGUGUAGUAAACAAUCAGCAGAUUGACUUUCCACUGGAAUGAUUUUAAUAUUUCUGUUUAUCAAUUUAGCAGGAAAUUGGUGGUGAAACACUGACCAACGAUGAGGCAAUCGAGUGCAACAUGGUUUUCCAAGGUCUUCUCACUUUCUUUGACCCACCAAAGGCCUCAGCAAAAGAGGCACUGCAGAGAUUGGCAGACAAGGGGGUAAAAGCGAAAGUGCUAACCGGCGAUUCAAUAACCCUUGCCACAAAGGUAUGCAAGGAGGUUGGUAUUAAAACGAAUCAUGUAAUCACAGGCCCUGAUCUCGAACUCCUCAGCCAAGAUGAGUUUCAUGACACUGUAGAAAAAGUCACAGUCUUUGCUCGGUUGACACCAAGACAGAAGCUUGGUGUAAUUCAAUCACUACAGAGACAUGGGCACCAUGUUGUUGGAUAUUUAGGCGAUGGAGUCAAUGACUCCCUGGCACUUGAUGCUGCUGAUGUUGGAAUAUCAGUUGAUUCAGGAGUAUCUGUGGCUAAAGAACUUGCAGACAUAAUUCUACUGGAAAAAGAUUUAAAUGUUCUUGUCUCAGGAGUUGCAUGUGGGCGGAUCACAUAUGGUAACACCAUGAAAUACAUAAAAACGUCAUUAAUUGGAAACCUUGGCAGUGCUAUCUCGCUAUUUAUUGCUUGUGUUUUUCUACGAUUUGAACCUCUGAGCCCCGGGGAGAUUCUGAUUCAGAAUUUUUUAUAUAGCUUGGGACAGAUUUCAAUCCCAUGGGAUAAAAUGGAUGACGACCGUGAGGAUAUCCCAAAACGCUGGUCUUCUAAAGAAUUCCCAUUGUUCAUGCUGUGGAAUGGGCCAGUUUGUUCUCUAUUUGAUAUUGCAAACUUGAUAUUUCUUUGCUUCUAUUACAAUGCCAACAAGUUUUCAGAAUCAAGCUUUUUCCAGUCUGCAUGGUUUGUUGAAGGUCUACUGAUGCAGACUCUGACCAUUCACAUGAUAAGAACAGAAAAGGUUCCUUUCAUACAGGAUGCAGCAUCAUGGCCUGUCAUUUGUUCAACUCUAAUUAUUUCAACAAUUGGAAUAGCAAUACCAUUCACUCCAAUAGGAAAGGUCAUAGGUUUUACUGACCUGCCACUGUCAUACUUUGGUUUUCUAACAGUGCUUUUUAUUGGUUAUUUUACGGUCGCCCAAUAUGUGAAGAUGGCAUAUAUUUCACUCUACAAGAAAUGGCUUUAG